AUGUCACAGCCUCGCUCAGAUGCGCGACGGGAGACUCGUAGACCUCGCAGUAGUGUUACGAUUAAUUCAGUCUCUUCUGUUCGUCAGCGCACUCGUGCACAAACCGCUGCGUAUCUGCUUGGUAUUCGUCCAGAAUUACCCGAUAUCACUGAUACCGCAGAACAGUACCAGGCCCCCGAGCUUGAUAAAAUCGAAUUUCGAGUGCCAUUACACACUAUGGAUAGGAGCCAAUCGACCACGUAUGUGGGCAAGCUGCACUCCGAAUCAGAUGGUCGGCAAGACAUAUUUGACUCCAUCAGAGCUAUCAUGGAUGUUCCAGAACUGUACGAACACUUAGGCUGUGCUUUCAAAGCUGCAAGGGCGGAUAGCUCUGGGAGGCGACAUAAGAAAGUUGCCAUCGAAAUCCUCAAUACGGAGCCCACACCCAAAGACAAACCAGCAAAACAAAGGACAGACAUACCUGCUAUAACCGAGCAGAGCCUCCUACCAUCCAACAUAUUCGUGAUCUCCAAGGGGGCCCUUGGCAGACAACAAGAAGGCCAGGCGGUGCCUCAGCCGCUGAAGAGAACGUAUGCACUUUAUUUGGAUAAUGACGAUGAAUCAAGUGACGAUGAACCGCCGCAAGAAAUCGAGGACGUUGUGACGAGUGUCCACUCUCGCUAUCCUGCCAUGAAUUUCCGUCAAUAUAUCGGUACAAUGAAAGAUCGGGGCAUUUUGUACCUGUCGACCGCAGCUCAUUUCAAUUCUGGAUUCUACAAAGAAAAAAUAGGCAUGUCAGAAGGCGCUGCAUAUACUUUUCAUAGUUAUGUUGAAAACACUUACAUCAAGGCAGAACGUAGGAAACGGGGAAGGAAUGGUAAAGGGAAGAAGGUGCAAGCUUCAAGUUGA